UUGGAUUCUUUUCGCUUGCGUGCAGCUUCACAACUAUAGGAAAUAGACUUAACAAAGUAACGUCAACUGCAAGUAACUGGUUAUAACCUCGAUUUGUGUACUUUGUACGAGAUAUGGACUGUUUUUAAUAUAUCUUUUAAGGGAAAACGGGUUUUUUAAGAGUUGAACCUGCUUCGAAGAAUUCAUACAUGGUAGAUCGUGUUUACUUUUUACAACCAUGAAUCAGCGCGUGAAAAAGAAAUCCCGAAAAUUCAGUUCAUCGGAUGCCCGUUCUGAAAAUGAUUGCGAUCAGCCUGUAAAAAAGAAAUUCAGUUCGUUGGAUGUCCACUCUGAAAAUGACUGCGAUGAUAUCAGUAUGCUAAUAAGUCAAUAUAAAGAGAGCAUAUCUCCAGAACUUGAAAAGAAAUUGGAAAGUUUAAGGGUACGAUUGAGACACGAUCCCCUGCCUCAGCAUUGUAUCGAAGGCAAAGCUGGUUCCCAUGUUUUGACCCAGGAAGAAAAAGAACAAUUUGAAAAGUAUGCCCCGAUUAAAAGAGGCACGUUUACCCCCAUGGAGGAUAAAGUUAUAGUUAAAAAUUGGAAAGCAUUUUGCAAGCUGCACGACUGGGAUGUUACUGAUACCAAAGCAUUCAUGUUCAUGCGACACGACAGAAAAAUCUUUGUACAAAAAUUACCAGAGAGAAGGAGAUUUGUACAGUUCUUAGCCGAUGGCCUUCCCAAUCGUACCUUAUACAGCGUGUAUCACAGAUUUAGGAACUUAUACGAGCCUCAUAUUCAAAGCAGAUAUACCGAAAGAGAGGACGAUUUAAUAUUAACGCACAUAGAGAAGAACCCUAAUCUAGACAAAACUCGGAAAUUUGCAGAUUUGGCAAUAGUUUUAAACCGUUCGCGGGCUUCAGUAUGGAGACGAUACCAAUUACUAAAGAACAAAGGCAAAAAAAGGAAAAUUUCAGGAAAAACCCAUUUUUUGUAAAUACCCAUUUCACAAGAUUAAUUAUAUCGUUAUAAUUCAAGUUUCACUUAAAAUAAAUUUUUCUUUGUAAAGUAACUUAGUGUAAGAAAAGUGCAGAAAUAUUAUUGAAGCGUGUUUAUUAAAAAAUGCAUACAAUAAUAUUUAACUAUUGUAUCAAAGUGUCUAAUUAAAAACUUUUAUAAUAAUCCUC